AUGUUUACGACGUACGUGAGCGACGUAUCCGCUCUGAAGGGCUUGUACAAAGUGCUCUGCGCCUUGGGCAUAUUUCCCAUGGUCGAGAAAUCGCCCGUGAGGAACGCGCAAUUGGUGGUUUUCUCCGUUUUCAAUGUAGUUAAUUUAGUGUACGUGCCCUGGGAGUUCGCCAAAACGAUUGGGUUCUUGAAUGCGACCAUUAAGGAAAUCUUGGCGUUCGCUACCAAUCAGGGAAUAUUAACGCUGUUGAAUUUGAUCUGCUUCUACGGCAUCGUGACCAAGAGGAAGUCGUGGAAGUUGUUUUUCGAAUUGCUGGACGAGUUGAGCAGAGGGGAGUAUUCGAGGGACGUGAGAGUGGCGAAAAAAGUUGCGGUGUAUUCCGUAAUAUUGUUAAUAACGCUUUUGAUUUAUGUAUGCGAAUUUAUAUUGCUACCUUCUGCUGUACAGAUUAAUGUGUAUUUUGUGAUGUGGAUAUUUAACUACAUUCAAGCGCUUAGUAUCGUUUUGUUCGCAAUCGAAGCGCUGGAAAUAUUCAAAAAUCGAUACAUUACAUUGAACUUGAACAUUACCGAUAUUUUCUAUUCGAAAACAUUGAACCAAACGCAGCUAAACAGCAACCUCCAGAACGUUAAAAACACCAUCAUUCGCCUGCAUCAAAACUUGAAGUUGCUCGGGGAGAUUUUGGGCAAAAUGGUGUUCGUUAUGUUCGUAUGGACUUUCAUCACCAUACUCAUGUUCUUCAAUUUGUUUUUGUUUAUUUCACAAAACGAAAUGUACUACAAUAGUGUAAUGAAAGGAUUCAUUAUGAGCGGCCUGUUGUGCUCGGAACUAGCAAUAGUCGUGGUGAUCAUGAUAUUUUCUUGCGAUAAAGUGGAAAAUCAGGGGGAAGAUUUGAUAAGAACCUGCGUGUAUAUUCAGGCGAAAAUGGGCGAUGAAAAUGCUAUGACGUUGAUUAAAUUACUGAAGGAAUUGAAACCGAAAUUUUCAGCAGCGGGAUUUUUCGACGUUAAUCAAAAAAUUAUACCGACGAUAUUUUCCAAUCUAUCCACGUACUUGAUUAUUAUACUGCAAUUUAAAUUCUCUUCGCUUUAA